AUGCUGGCCUGUAUGGGAUCGGUUUCCAACAUCAUCGACUCCUGUAUCGAUGAAUCGAUGGCCCCUGGAACAAUCGCGACUUACAGAAGAGUCAAGGAGACUUUUUUGAACUUCAACCUUAGUUUCCACGUCCCGACGUCGGCUUUACCAAAAAUUAGGAACGAUUUUAUCGCUCACCUCAUCGAUAAAGAAAAGACCAGGUCACUAGGACACUAUAUUGCGGCUCUCUCUCACUUCUUUGGACCAACAAGUAGAGAGGAUUUGGAAAUACAGAGAGCCCUCGUGCGUGUGGCGACAGGAGGAGACCCAGGAUACGGCACAGUACGAAAGCGUCCACAGAGGACGUGA